GUUGCUUGCCUUUUGGUGCUCCACAGAGGACGGCCUUUCUCAUUUCUCUCCAUCAUUCACUUGUUUCUCAAUUCGCUGCGGCCGUUGCUGCUGUGGUCUGAUCUUUCUUCCACCGGUUUUCCAGACAACGCCUUACGGUCACCGACACGGAAACCUGCGGAGAGAUCUCCAUUGACCUCCACCAUACGGUUAGAACCCGAGCGAAGUUUUUACGUCCGGUUCCCGAAGGCCAGGAGAAACCAUUUUCCGUUUUCCGUGCAUGCGAGUGCGGUCUUGCAUUGUCUGCAGUUCCGGCAGCGCUGCCCCCGGUACCUUGGGCACACCGAAGCGGCUUUUCUCGACUCGGCGUGUCUCACAUUUUCGGUGAGUGUCUUUCCGACUGUGGCCCUUAUUCAAAGCCCUCCCUUUCUGUCGGCCUGUUUGUUGCAACCUUUCUACGAUGUGGUUGACUCUUGGUCGCCUCCUUCGCUUCGCGAACAAUGGCGCGGUUGGGCAGACUCUGAAAACCGAGGUGGCAAAGGAAGGCGCAGGAGUCGCGGAAAAACUGGUCAAGAAUGCGAGCGAGGCGGCUUCAAAGGCAGCGGCGAAAGGUGCCGCGGAGGCGUCUGUUCUUGCGUCGUCCUGGGAUUACGUCAAGAAGUACGGAAUGACAACUCAUUUCUGGGGUCCGAUCGCGAACUGGGGUUUCGUGGUGGCUGGCUUGUCCGACAUGCAGAAGUCCCCAGAAAUCAUAAGCGAACGGAUGACAGGUGUUUUGUGCAUCUACAGUCUACUCUUUAUGCGCUUCGCUUACAUGGUGCAGCCACGAAACUACUUGCUUUUCGCCUGUCACUUCUGCAACGAAGGCGUGCAGCUCACUCAGCUGUUCCGGAAGCUCAGGUACAACUCGGAGCAACGGACCAAAACCGCGAAUGCUACAUAACGGUAACGCGAAUUCGAGCGCCACCGACUUGAAAAAGUAUUUUUUAAACGGCCUUUCUGGCUGUGACUGGUGUGCCGCACCAGAUCCAUGACGAAGCCGUGUCACUGACUCGAUGCAGCGACACCCAGAACGGCAGCGACCGGCCUGGGUUUACCGCGUUAAACGCUAUAUGCUGAUACUUUCAAACAGAAGGUGUCGACAGAUCUAACCGAAAAUGUGCUCUCUGUGUCGAUGUUCUAAAGCCACGAGUUCUCACCGCCGGCCGUGUGCUCUUUACCGCAGGGCUCUCCUCACCCAGGUUACCUGUAUUCCCAAAAGAAUCUCAUGGAGAGUUUUCCGUGUCUCAACGUCGGGUCCUCAUUUCUUCUUGCUGUUUCAAUGCAACGCGCCCGGCGGUCGCUUCGCCCCCAAUGUGGAGGUUUUUCGAGGGCUUGCUUCCCUCCGCGUCCGUGUUUCUUGUGAAAGCCACGCGUUUUCUCCGGUCGCCAGUCUCUGUACGUCAUCCUUCUCACGCGAUUCUCGUAUUUCCUAGGAUUUCUUCCAGUCUACAGCCUCCUAAAAGAACGGCGGGUGGCCGACAGGAAAGGUUCUACUGGUGUGCGCGUUUGCCGCGCAUGUUCUUUGUCUUCCAGCCUUACCGUUCCUCGCCACAGAUGGUCGCUUUUUUUGCUAACACACUCUAGAGUUGUCUUCACUACGUGAGGGUGUGUGACAUUCAAACGGCGGGAAACAGAUGAGUCUGGUCCUUCGAUUUCGCGUUCCUGUCCAUGCGGAGGCGUCGCUCCUGAGACGUGGCUGUGUCGUGAGAAUUUCUCACCGAUAGCUGGAGAACGUGUAACAAGAGGAGAUGAUCGUUCUGAGGCGAAUCUGUAUAUACAAACCAGUAAGGAGCUAGAGUGGUUUCUUCAGUGUGUCUUCUUGAGUGUAACACCGCCUUCACUGAGCUCUUAGCCGCGCCCGAACGACAGCAAUCUGAGAUUCGAGCACGUCGGCGUCGCGCUACGGUCUGACGCCAAGCGAACUCUCACACUUGUCGGUUUGAGUGCUGUUGCCAUGCAUGUCACGCGCGCUCCUCCGGUUAGGUUCCGAGCGGUUCGAAAACUCCAGGGUUGAGAGGCAGUGUUCUUGUUCAGAAGAACAAGCCAAAGGAGACCACACCAGAGUCUCGGGCACUUCUCAGCCUGAUUCACAUUAUAAGGAGACUGUCUCUGCUCAAAAAUGGUCCGCGAUCCAGAGCUGUAGAUUUCAAAUUGAAUACACAGAUGCCGGAUCGGUUUAUACAUGACUGUGUCUCAGAGCUGAAUAUGAAUCCAGUUAUCAAGUGCAGACGU